AUGUCGGACAUCGACGAUAUCGAUGAUGAGCUCCUCGCUCUUGCAGGAGAUGCCUCGUCCGACGAAGAAGACAACGCUCCAGCAGCAAAUGCUGGCAAGUCAAGUUCAGGAUCUCCAGAUCGACCAGGCCCAGGAAAAUCCGCGACAAAGACAGGCAAGAAGAUGGGCAGGAAAUCUAACGACUCUGAGGAAGAAGGCGAAGCUUCAUCCGGCCACUCUUCUCCCCAGUCCCUGCGAUCAGCUCCUAUGGACGAGUCCGAUUCUGAUUCUGAUGGUCCUACCUUUCAAGACGAUGGCGAGCGGUACCCUCUCGAGGGCAAAUUCAUCAAUUCCUCGGAUAAAGCCAGAAUCUUGGACAUGAACGAAAUCGAACGUGAACAGGUCCUUGCUGAGCGAGCCCAAGAAAUUGAACGAGACAGACAGAACAGAGCUCUGCGACAACUUCUCAAGUCUCGAGAGAAUGAAAAUAAGCAGAACAAGAAGCGCAAGGCCGGAGCCACGGAACUACAAGAGGAUCCUCGCAAGACCCAGCGUCAGCGAACAAAGCUUGGUGGAGGCAAAGUCGGCGAAGCGAGCUCUGGAAUUGAUAGUCUCAAGCGCGCGCGGGCCGAGAAAGAUGAUCGCCAGCGUCGCAGACAAGAAGACAAGGAGCGCAACAAAGGGUGGAGCACUGCUCGGGACGACUACUCUGAUGCGGAUGCGGAUGGAGACAGUGAGGUUGAGUGGGAUGACGGAAAGUCAAAGAACAGGAAGUCCAAAUCUCCAGACUAUCGUGAUGCUGAGCCAGCUGGUCUUGCCGAUAUCCAAAAGGUCAGAGUUGGUCGCACCAGAUUCGCGCAAGUCUGCUUCUACCCUGGUUUCGAUGAGGCUAUCACUGGCUGCUUCGUUCGCAUUAGCAUUGGUGCCGACAAGGAGACUGGACAAAAUAUCUACCGCAUGGGUAUUGUUAAGGGCUUCGUGGAGGAUCGUCCUUAUGCUAUUGAGUCGGCCACUGGCAAGCACUUCAAGACCACCCAGUAUGUUCGUGCUGCUCAUGGCAAGUCUGAACGAAAUUGGCCAUUCAUCAGCUGCUCCGACUCUGGCUUCACAGAGAACGAGUGGAACCGCUUCAAGAUUACUUGCCAGAAUGAGGGUGUUCCUCUUCCAACAAAGCCCAAGUUGAACCAAAAGAUGGUUGAUAUCAACAACCUUAUCAACCGCUCCUGGACCGAGGCUGAGCUACAAGAGAAGUUGACCAAGUCAGGCGCUCUUGUCCAGAAGUUCAUCCCAAUCGAGAGAAAUCGCUUAAACGGCUUGAUCAAGGAGGCCAAGGCUCGUGGAGAUACCGCUAAGGAGGAAGAUCUCCGCAAAGAACUGGAUGCACUUGACGGACCCAAGUUGGCUUAUAGCACAUCCAUGCAACCAUCGCCAAAGAAAUCGACUACUGCCUCGGGAAUGAGUCAACAAGAGCGCUUGGCUAUUCUCAAUAGACAAAAUCGUCGCAAGAAUGCUGAGGAGGUUCGCCAGGCACAGAUCAAUGAGCGUCGUGCCGCAAAGCAGAUCGAGGCCGCUGUUGCUCGUGGAGAAGUUGUUGCUGAGGAUCACUCCAGACGUCUCAAGACACGUGCUAAGUUCAAGCAUGAUGUCGCUGACUCUUUAGGAGCCAAGGACAGCGGACGAAGUGGCACCAACACUCCAUCUGUUAGCACACCCAAUCUCACCGCCAAGAAGCCCUCAACACCAAUUCCCGCACUUCAGAAGCUUCAAGCCGAGAAGAAGGGUAUUCCAUCUCUCAGCAGACCUUUGAUGGACGACGAUAUCAUCGGCUCUAUCGAUUUCGGUAUCGACAUUGAGAUCUGA